CCCGCCCCCAUAGCUCAUCUCUUCGCGACGCAGACGCGUCCGGCCUAUCCCGGCGUCAGACGUGCAGCCUGGCGGACCCGGGUGAGUUGGAGCGCGCGGCAGUUGGGGGUGGUGGUCGUUGCGGCCGCUGACUGCCGGGGACAGAGGGCGGGUGAGCGAGGCCCGGCCCUAGGCCGCCUGUAAGCAGAGCUGUCUGGUCUUUUUCCCUUCAUCCUUGGUUAAGGAAAUGACCAACCAGUACAGUAUUCUCUUCAAACAAGAACAAGCCCAUGAUGAUGCCAUUUGGUCAGUUGCCUGGGGGUCAAACAAGAAGGAAAUCGCUGAGACAGUGGUCACAGGAUCCCUGGAUGACCUGGUGAAGGUCUGGAAAUGGCGUGAUGACAAGCUGGACCUACAAUGGAGUCUGGAGGGACAUCAGCUGGGGGUAGUGUCUGUGGACAUCAGCAACACCCUGCCCAUUGCUGCAUCCAGUUCUCUUGAUGCUCAUAUUCGGCUCUGGGACUUGGAAAAUGGCAAACAGAUAAAGUCUAUAGAUGCAGGACCUGUGGACGCCUGGACUUUGGCCUUUUCUCCUGAUUCCCAGUAUCUGGCCACAGGAACUCAUGUGGGCAAAGUGAACAUUUUUGGUGUGGAAAGUGGGAAAAAGGAAUAUUCUUUGGACACAAGAGGAAAAUUCAUUCUUAGCAUUGCAUAUAGUCCUGAUGGCAAAUACCUGGCCAGUGGAGCCAUAGACGGAAUCAUCAAUAUUUUUGAUAUUGCAACUGGGAAACUUUUGCAUACGCUGGAAGGCCAUGCCAUGCCCAUUCGCUCCUUGACCUUUUCCCCCGACUCCCAGCUCCUCGUCACUGCUUCAGAUGAUGGCUACAUCAAGAUCUAUGAUGUACAACAUGCCAACUUGGCUGGCACGCUGAGUGGCCAUGCCUCCUGGGUGCUGAAUGUUGCAUUUUGUCCUGAUGAUACUCACUUUGUUUCCAGUUCAUCUGACAAAAGUGUAAAAGUUUGGGAUGUUGGAACGAGAACUUGUGUUCAUACCUUCUUUGAUCACCAGGAUCAGGUCUGGGGAGUGAAAUACAAUGGAAAUGGCUCAAAAAUUGUGUCUGUUGGAGAUGACCAGGAAAUUCACAUCUAUGAUUGUCCAAAUUAAAGAAGUCUAAAGAAAAAAGAAAGUCUUCCAGUCGUGUGCUGCAAAGAGAAUGUACAGAUCAUGACAUUCCUUACUUUUUAAGGCUUGUUUAAAAGAAACAUAUAGCAUUUAUUGUAGCAAAGAUUUACAUUUUGUAGAUAAAAUAUAGAUCUUUUCAUGUUUUAUUGGAAAUGCUGUUCAUACUUUAUCAUAAAUAAAGUGUUCUUAAUGCAAA